AUGUAUGUCAAUAUUAAAACAAUUAUAUGUCUCUCUGUUGUUUUUAACAUUGUGCCAUACGUUUUCAGCAUAAAAUGUUGGAAUUGUCGUUCGAGUAACGACCCUAAAUGUGCCGAUCCUUUUGAUAAUAGCACAGUGCCCAUAACAGAUUGUAAACAAGAGAAAGGGUUAUCACACUUACCUGGAAUACGUCCUUCCAUGUGUCGAAAAAUUAGACAAAAAGUGAAUGGUGAAUGGCACUACUUCAGGGACUGUGCAUAUCUCGGUGAAGUGGGAAUACAGGGUGAUGAGAGAUUUUGUCUCAUGAGAACUGGUACUUACAACAUUUUCAUGGAAUACUGUACAUGUAAUAGCAAGGAUGGAUGUAAUUCGUCAUCUGUGUUCAGUCCUAUGCCCAUAUUCCUCUUUUUUUUUGAUUUCUGUCGUGUUUAUUUAGAACCUAUCUACAUGAUGCCCUUUCAAAUACAAGCCUCCGGUAAAUGCACGCAAACGAAAAAAAUACACAAAAACGGAGUUGGAAAAUGCUAUAGGCGAAAUUAA